UCAAAAACAUCUCCUUAGUAUUCUGCAUACUUACUCUGAUUAAAUAAGAACUAAAGCAAUACUGAUUUAAAAUAAAUAUAUUAUGUCCAAUAAUUGUUGUAAUUUUGAUUAAAUACCUACAUUAAUGCUUAUAAAAAAAAUUUAUAUACUAAUUCCUACAUUAAAAAAUAAACAGGGAGUAAAUGAGAAAUUUAAUACGAUAUAAAUAUGUUUAAUUCUAUAUUAGGAUUAGUAAUAAGUGGAUAAUUAUCAGAUUAAUAAGGAAGUAAAAGGCCAUUUAUAUUAAGUAGUUUUGUAGCUCUUCUAGCGGAAACAAAUUCUUUAGAAGUUUGAUGUACAUUUAUAAGUUCUUUGACUUUGAAUUUCCAUAAGCAUAUAAAAUGAUUAGUUUAUCUGUUAUUAUAUUCUAGAAAGGUUUUCUCAUGAAAACUAAAGGUUCUUGAUUAUAUUUACUGGUUUUCCGUAAUAAUUAAUUGGUUUGAUUAUUAUGUGAAUUUUUCUUGUUCUAAGAAAUAGCAG